AAAAGAGUUUUUUUUUUAAAAUUUUUUUUAAUUUUUUAUUUUUUGGAUUGGGACUUGAGAGGGCUAGUCCGACGUCGUUGCGAGAGGCAUGCAAUUGACACGUGGUGACUGGUGAUACGACAACACUCGGAUCGGUUUCAACGACUUACCGAGACACCGUUAGGAUUCGUGAACUCAACGUCUCAACUUUCCUGUUGAGGAGAGAGAAGAAGGAAGUUCAGCAAUUAGAAUUAAACCCUUGAAUUUGAGUUGAUUGUCGAAUUGGAUCAACAUUUUACAAGAACAAGAAUCCAGUCUGCAGAUGGCGAGGGAAGAGACUUCUUCUUCGACCCAAAUCUAUCAUGAGAGGCAAAGACUGCAAUUUUGCCUCUUGCACUCCCUCAACAAUCUCUUUCAGAAAAAGGAUGCAUUUAACAGAGCAAGUUUGGAUGCAAUUUCCGAGAAACUAGUUCUUGAUGACCCAAAUAAGGAAACUUGGACCCCGUUAUCUUUGCUUUUCAAGCCUCACCAUAAUACAAUUACUGGAAACUAUGACAUAAAUGUUCUGAUAGCAGCACUUGAAGGGAAAGGAAAGAGUGUAGUCUGGCAUGAUCGUCGAAAUGACGCAUCUUCUAUUGAUCUUGAUGAUGGGUCAGAAGGAACUUUGAUGGGUAUUGUGCUUAAUGUUCCAGUUAAACGGUAUGCUGGGCUUUGGAGAGGUAGGCACUGGAUUGCAUUGAGAAAGAUUGAUGGGGUUUGGUGUAAUUUGGAUAGUGAUCUUUCUGCACCUCAGUCUUUUAAUGGUGCUGAAGAGGUUAGGGAAUUUUUGAAUUACAUCAUUGGGCAGGGUGGAGAGGUUUUACUUGUCAAGAAUGAUACACAGUGAGUUCUCUUUACUUUGUGCAAUUCACUGAGAUUACAGCUUCCAAGCAUGUUCAUAUUAAAGACUCUUUCUUGUUAUUUUACUUGAAAAGAUUGAGUUGCAUCUUCUUUUCUUGAAUUAUUAUUUCUUGAUCCGUUAGUUCAUUUUGGCUUGGAGCAAUUGCUGAUAAUAAGGAGUUUGUGGUUUGGGGGAUUCAUUGGGGCAUAUUUUAAGGUGGUUUAUGCUUUAGAGAUGGUGAUUGGAGAUGUUGGAUGACAAUUCUGUUAUUAUAUAUCUGUUCUUGAGUAGCUUUUGAACGCAAUGUUAAAUUCUUGGUAUUAAAUGAUAGGCUCUAUGCUGUAACAGAGAAUGGACAAUGGUGCAUGCCAAAUGUUGAUUUUUGUUUCCUCUACACUAACUACCAUCUAAUUUUUAGCAUACUGGAUACGUGUAGUUCCUUUUUGUCUUACGUGUGAAGUGUAAUACUUGUUGGUGUUUGGAUUAGAUGUACCCAAUAUAAUCUGUUGAAAGCAUGGGGCAAGAUAAUUGAAUAAAAAGCAAAGGUGUAGGCUAGUUACGAACUUACAGGGGAAAGGAGUCCGGUAGAGCUUAAAACGUCAUCCACUUUUUCUUUAUUUUGGCAUACAGAUUCUGAGGUUCGAUUCCAAAACCUCUGGGAUCUUUCUCUGCAAAGGAAUACCCGACUCUGCUGCCAUGUUAGUUUUGUAAUGCCUUGCACUUGAUUUCAUAGAUUUCAUGGGUGGGAACUCUUUUGCUCAGAGUAUUGGGUUGUUUUGGAAUGAAAGCAGAACUCUAGCUGGCUCUAUCAUGUCAUUUUAGAUUGGACUUUAGAUGAACCCACUGCAUAGUCCAUGUUAUGAAGUGGAUUUGUUAUUUUUCUUUUGGCAUUUGGAGACUAAAUAAGAAGGCAUUACGUAU